AUGACUGAUCGUGAAGCACAAUUACCUAAGCAGCACCCGCUCCGUCCAAGGCUAUCCUCAAACUCCCUCGCUGAAAUCGCCCGCCGUCAAUCGAUCCGUCCGACGAACUUUUUAACGCCAAACGACCGUCGACACGCCGACAUCAAGAUGGUCAACCUCACCACCCAGAAGCGCCUUGCGGCGUCCGUGAUCGGCUGCGGUAAGCGCAAGGUCUGGCUCGAUCCUAAUGAGAUGAGCGAAAUCUCCAACGCCAACUCUCGCCAAACUGUCCGCAAGUUGGUCAGCGAUGGCUUGAUCAUCCGCAAGCCCGUCACCAUGCACUCUCGCGCCCGUGCUCGUGAACUCAACGCCGCUCGCCGAAUUGGUAGACACCGUGGUUUGGGUAAGCGCAAGGGUACCAAGGAUGCUCGUAUGCCCAGCCAAGUUCUCUGGAUGCGUCGCCAGCGUGUUCUCCGCCGUCUCCUCGUCAAGUACCGUGCCUCCGGCAAGAUCGACAAGCACCUCUACCACGAGCUCUACCACUUGAGCAAGGGUAACACCUUCAAGCACAAGCGUGCUCUCGUUGAACACAUCCAUAAGGCCAAGGCCGAGAAGCAGCGUGAGCGUGUCCUCAAGGAGGAGAUGGACGCUAAGCGUGCCAAGACCAAGGCUGCCCGUGAGCGACGACAGGAGCGUAUCCUCGCCAAGCGAAAUGCUUUGACUGGUGAGGAGGAAGCCCAGGAGUAA